ACAAAAAAAGUUGGAACAACUUUGUUGGAUCUGAUUGGCUGGUUUUACAGCCUUAUCUCCAUCUGUCCUCCUCCGAGUUUCCGAGUCGACUCGCCCUACACUGUUUGCCGUUAAUUCUUCUUGGUUGUCGCCUUCUGGUUCUGGGUCGCUGGAUUCAGAGACUCUCUCUCUCUCUCUCUCUCUCUCUCUCUCUCUCUCAUCAUCGAAGUUGAAUUUGGAGAGGGCAUGAAUAGGGCAGUGAGACCAGCAGUACUCAAUUCUCACUCUAACCCUUUUAAUCUCAUGGCCGCCCUCUUUCAUUCCACUCCUAUAUUUGAUCGCAGUAGACCCACCAAUUGGGAUUCUGGUGGAGGUGCUUAUAGAGAUUCAUCCAAGGUUAUGAAUCUUAUGAUGCCCACUUCAUCAGCUCGCAAGGGUCAUUUCCGAUCAUUUCGCGUGUCUCAUACUCGUGCUGAGUCAAACCCAGAUGCAAGUUCUUCAUCGUCAUCUUCUGUUGCGUUUCAGUCAACUGGGAAAACACGGAAGAUCAACUUCUGUCAGCUAUGUGGUGGCCCCACAAAGCAUGAGAUACCUGAUGGGGAGGAGAAGAUGAGACCUAUUUGCACACUUUGUGGGAGAAUUGCCUAUGAGAAUCCCAAAAUGGUUGUAGGUUGCCUCAUUGAACAUGAUAACAAGAUCUUACUCUGCAAGCGGAAAAUCCAACCAUCUUAUGGUCUUUGGACUCUUCCAGCUGGUUACAUGGAGCUUGGUGAGUCUGCUGCUGAAGGGGCAAUUAGAGAAACAUGGGAAGAAGCAAAUGCAGAAGUGGAAGUGAUGUCACCUUUUGCUCAACUCGACAUCCCUUUGAUAGGCCAAACCUAUGUAAUUUUCUUGGCAAAGUUGAAGAGGCCCCACUUUUCACCUGGCCCAGAAUCAUCAGAUUGCCGGCUUUUUUCACUCGAUGACAUUCCUUUCGAUUCUUUGGCAUUUUCGUCAAUGUUGGUUACCUUAAAUUUGUACAUUGAAGAUAGAAAGGUUGGAAGACCCAAGUUUCACUAUGGCACCAUCAAUAAAAGGCCUGGCACAAGCCCUUCUGAUAUUCGUGCCUACACGCUUGAUCAUUAUUUGGAGUCCUGACAAGAUAUGAUUCGUUCGAAAUAUUUCCGUUG